UAUAAUUUUGCUUAGGUUCUUUCCUCUUUCAUAUAUUGUUAAUUGUCAUAUUUUUUAGCGAAUUUGUCGAAUCAUGAGAUCUGUGAGUCUGUGACAAAUGACCAUUAAUUGUUAAUAGCAAAUUGGCAAUAAUUAAUACUGUGAUCUGUGGUAUUACAAUCGGUUUUAUUAUUUUACGUGAUGUGAAAAUUAUAUUACAUUAGCUUAUUUUUUAAYAGUUGUUCAGCACUGUAUUUGUGUUGCAUUCCGACGUUUAKUAGUAUUAAUAGUAGUGUAAGAGUUCACGUCUCAACCAUGGCCAUAGAUAAAGAUACCAUGCGCUCAGACUUUAAUAAACAAAUACAAUCAAUUUUAAUGAAUAAACGGGAAGAUAAUAACGCUUUUUUGUCAACCAGUGAUUACAGUAGAGUUAUUCAACAGGUGAAAAAAUCAAAACAGUCCUUAAACACUGUUGGCAAAAAGAAAACUAUAAAAGAUUAUCGUCUAGUACGUAAGUAUGAUAUUUUAGUAAUGAAUGGCAAAGAACACCUGAUUAGACCUAUCGGUGAAAAAAAUGUAGUAUUGUACUAUGCAACAAUUGAAGAAUUGUUUGAUAUUCUUUAUGAAACACAUUCAGCAAUAGGUCACGGUGGACGAAAUCGGAUGGUGUCUGAACUUAAAAAUAAUUAUUGCAACAUAACUAAUGAAACAAUUAUGGUAUUUUUAAAAUUAUGUGUUGAAUGUCAUAAAAAAGCUGUGCGUUCAAAAAUAGGAGUAACUCCUAAAUCAAUUUUACACCCUACUUUCAAUUCUCGAGCACAAAUCGAUCUAAUAGACAUGCAGUCUCGGUGUCAUAACGAUCAUAGAUUCAUAAUGUACUAUCAAGAACAUUUAACUAAAUACAUAGUAUUGAAACCUCUGAAAUCAAAAUGUGCAGAAGAAAUUGCUUAUCAUUUAAUUGAUAUCUUUACAUUAUUUGGGGCACCUGCAAUAUUACAAUCAUACUGUGGAGAACAAUUUGUUACUUCAGUAAUUAACAAACUUCAUGAUCAAUGGGAUGAAGUUAAAAUUGAUUAUGGAUGGGCAAAGCACAGUGAAAGUCAGGAAUCCAUUGAACGAGUUAAUAGGGAUUUUCAAGAAAUGUUAUCUACUUGGAUGGACAAAAAAAAUAGUUUGGAUUGGCCAUCAGCAUUAAAAUUCAUUCAGUAUGAAAAAAAUCGGACAUUCCACUCUGGCUUAAAAACAUCACCUUAUGAAGCAAUGUUUGGAUGCUGUGCUAGGAUAGAUUUUGCGUCAUCUUAUUCUCCAAAUGCUGAAAUAAUUAAAUCAGAAGAAGAUUUAUAAAAUGAAUAGAAGAAAAACAUUCAUCAGUUAUCAAAGCUGUUUACAGAAGAAAAACUUGUGAAUUGGAUGAAAUGCUUAAAUUAACUAAUGGAAAAGAAGUAACUUCGAGAAAAAGAGCAGUUAAUAGUUAUGUGAAGGGUUUUCCUGGGAUGCCAGUACACGGUGGGCUGAGCAAAACACAUUUUGCCUGCCGCAAUGCACUAAAGAUGCAUUAUGUAAAACAAAUGAUGUACACUUCUUGUUUACAAAUAAAAUGGUGUCUAAAAUA